GGACCAAGUGAAACGGAUCAAAGGAAAACUUGUUUUAAAACUAAAACCAUUGUUUACGCAGCCGGUUGCAUUUGCUUAUUGUUGUUGGACAUAAUUUAUAUAAAUAAAAAGCUAGUCAUAUCGGAGCUUCGAUGGUCAGCUGAUAACGGCGAACGCAGCACGCAGAGCAACAACAAUUGGCAAAAUACUCGCCCAAGAUAUCGCUGGCAAAAGCUCAGCCAUUCUAGUUCCCCUAGACGACAGACCGCAGAUAUUUAGUCACCACCGUGAUCAGGGGAAGACCACUGAGCUGCUGGACGAGAAGACUACUCAAGAUGGGCUGUGACGAGAAUCGAGAGUGCGCCGCAAAUCGAUGGUUCAUUCAGGACAUUCCGGCGCUGAAGCAGGACCACUGCCGCAUGCGGGAUCAGGCCAAAGUGGAGCGCAUCAUCAACGAAUUCAUCAUGGGCGGUCCGGAGCGGAUGCAGGUGGUCUCCGACUUCGACUACACCAUCACCAAGCAGCGCACGGAGGACGGCGGAGCAGUGCCCUCCAGUUUCGGCAUCUUCAAUGCCUGCCAAUCGCUGCCGAAGAACUUCAAGGAGGAGACGGACAAGCUGUACCACAAGUACCGCCCCAUCGAGAUCGAUCCGCACAUGCCCAUCGCCGAGAAGGUGCAGUACAUGAUCGAGUGGUGGACCAAGUCGGGGCAGCUGACCAGCGGCUUCCCCUUCGACCAGUCCGAAAUAGAUCAGAUAGCCAGCAAGUAUAAGCAUGCGCUACGUGACCGAACCCACGAGUUCUUCGCCGACCUGCAGCGUCUGGGCAUUCCCACGCUGGUCUUCUCCGCCGGACUGGGCAACUCGGUGGUCUCCGUGCUGCGCCAGGCCAACGUGUUGCAUCCGAACGUGAAGGUCGUGUCCAACUUCCUGCAGUUUAAGGACGGACUGCUGGAUGGCUUUCAGCAGCCCAUGAUUCACACGUUCAACAAGAACGAAACCGUGCUGGAUGGCAACGAUUACUACGACCUGGUGCACACCAGGGACCACAUCAUCGUCAUGGGCGACUCCAUUGGGGAUGCGGACAUGGCCUCCGGGGUGCCAGCCUCGUCGCACAUCUUGAAGAUCGGUUUCCUGUUCGAUCACGUGGAGGCCAACAUGGACAAGUAUAUGGACACAUUCGACAUCGUUCUCGUCGACGACCAGACCAUGGAUGUGCCCAGGACCCUGCUCGCCCUCAUCGAGAAGCAGCACCAGCUGAACCUGCAGGCCGCCAAGCAGAGCUCGCUCUAAUUCUGGCCGGGAAUGGCCAGUCUGAAAUGUACUCGUAGCGGCUCCUGCUCUCUCAUUAGCGGGAAAGUUGCUAACUGAAAAACAACAGAAGCUACUAAUUAGGUGGUUUAGGCUAACUACUUCACUCAUCUUAACGAAUGAAUGUAUAUUUCAUGUUUUCAAAUCGUAUUAAAGACAACCUUGUGAUUUGCAAUGAGA